AUGAUCAACUACACUAAUCCGCGUCCACCAGCUCAGAGAUACCCGUUGCGUAGUGUCAACGAAAAUGUCGCCCUUCUACGCUCUCCGGAUCCCCUGGAGAGUAUGCUCAAGACAACAACCGAGACUGGUGACAUCGGCAUCUUUUCCAUCGGGCCAAAUUCUUCCUCGGCAUCUUUCGCUCGUCCCAAAAGGUCCAGAUCCCAUCCCAGGGAGGCAAAUCUACCGCUGCCUACACGCUUUUCGGGGUAUGAUGAUGGCUAUUACUGCCGCCCAAAUAGCCCUAAAAGGCUGCGUUCAUAUCGCGACACCACGUCUGAAAUCAUUUCUCUCUAUGGUUCCGAAAGUCAGAAAACACUAUUGUCUUCAGUCUCGCCAAUGAGCAUUGACGACGACCCCAGAUCAUACUCCAUGACUACAACCAGCUCAAAACGGAUUCCAUCUCAAAAAUCCACUGGCACAUUACAAAGCCAGUCAAGCGGAGGUGGUUUCCAACGCCCGAGAUCUCCUUUUCCAUACCCAACCCGACUGAAGCGCCCAGGGGUUCGACCAGCCUCUCCAGCUCUCAGGGAGAAUGGGGAUAUCGACUACAGUAGAAUGGUUGAGCUUGAUCGGUUUUCCCAAAGAACUAUUCAUGGGUCAUACAAGCCUACUUAUAACCAUGGCCCUAGACGACCCCUUCCAAUGGCCUUUCGUCCCGAUGUAAAUAGGUCAACGUCUUCAUUGCCAUCGAGAACGCUACAUUCGCCUUAUCUCUACGCACCAGUGCCUUGCCAUGCCAGAGGUCCCAAUCCUUCUUUGCCGUGGGGGUUCGCCAGGCGGCCGAAUCGACACCAGCGAGGCUCCAUCGACCAAAGUACUCGCUCGGCAAGUCUAACUUCCAUCGUUGAAAUGUAUGAUAGGCCAGUGACUUCAAAUUUGAAUUGUGUGCCGCCGCCCGUCCAAUCGCCCGGCUCUUUCUACUACGACUACAGUGAGCAAUUCGAGGACCAGCCGCCUUGGGACAUGGAUUUGGACGUACCGCUACAUCCCAUACCGCAGAGGAUUGAAAAUAUUCGCCACUCUCUGUUGCUACUGGAUAAUAUCCAGGGAAGCUUUGAAGUAAGCGGUAACUACCCAGACUCUAUAAAAUCCAAUGCGCAAGAGGUCGGAAAGGCUUCAAUAGAGCCUUCGCAGCUGUCGGAUGCCGCAGAUGGUAAUUUAGAAGAUGAUGAAGCUCAGCAGCCAACUUCUAACGAGGAAGAUGGUGCCAUGGAAAGGCAAUCUACCCCUGAGCCAGGUUCAAAGGCGACCCCUUUGAUAACUCUUUCCGAUGAAGAUCAGAGCCAGCCACUAAUUCUCUCAGAUCAAGUGUCACCAGAUGCAGACGCAGAUGCAACUGAUAUACUUUCAAUGACGAGCGGUUCGACUUCUUUGGGAUCACCGGCUCCUUUGCAGACCCCUUCAAAAAUACUAGAAACCAACUUUAAUGUGGCGAGCGAGUCUUGGAGUCAACGGUCAUCUCAGGUUGGUCUUUCGAAGCUGAGAUAUUCGUUGGAUCCUGCGUUGUCGGAAUUUGCUUCAGUUUUGUCAUCCUUUGACCGCUUGGGAAGGGUCCAGAUCUCAAAAGACAGCGAGAUGCAGUCUAUGAAUGGAGGACGCCAUGACACCUCUGUGUACCAGCAGGAUGAUGUGCACCCGGCUACCCUGAAACGCUCGAGCCGGAAUGUUGCGGCUAUGCGGAUUAGCAUAACUGGCAUUGUCUCAGACGACGGUGUAAAGCAUACACCAGAGCGUCGCAACAACUUAGCAAUACUCUGCCCAGAACCCAUUUCGCCCGUACGUGAGCUAAGAGUCAAGGAAAGUAUACCUCAGUUGAUGAAAGCCCUACCGCCGCUCCCAAGAGAAGCUGAGAAGCUUUCAGGUUACGUGGCCAUUGGAAACAAAGCAAACUUCAUCUUCGCCCGCAAUUUCACAGCUUUCACAGGAUUUUCACCCCAAGUUAAAACUCAGAGCUCGGGCACCGUCAUCAUCACCCGGAAAUCGUAG